AUGUAGUUUGUCACCGUCCAAACGUGGUGUCCAGGGUGCAACCUCGGAAAUCUGGGAAAGUAAGGACAGGGACAGGACCUUCAACGGGUGUGGUGCAGAAGAACCGGAGCUAAUACCACAGAGUUUCGGCAGAGUGGAUGUAAAAAUGUAUGCGAGAUUGAGCACCUACAUUUUGGGGAAUGAAUUUCUGGGCAGUGGUGGCCAGUUCCUGAAGCAAGCAGCCUUUUGUGUGGAUAUAUUAAACAGAGGUGGCAGAGUGCUCUUGAGGGAUGCGGACUGGCUGAAUAAUGGGCACUUAAGAACAAGAACUCAGUGGAUCACCACUGGAACAGAAUGGCAGUCACAGGCCAGGUCUAUAACAAACAACUGUAAUCCUAAGGCACUGAAACACUUUGGUACAAAAUUGGUUCCCUUUUCCUCUGCUGGGAAGGGACUGCCUACUAAGAGAUCGACUAUUCUGCCAGCUCGGAUCACUGGAAUGCUUGUGAACUGUUCGUUGAAAAAUCUUCUACUUUUAACAAAUCACAAAGGCACAAGUCAAUAUUUGAGAGAAAAGAUGCAAUUUCCAGCUGUGGGAAGGAUGUUAAGAACCUGUGAUUUAAUCAAUACCUCUCAUCUAGCUCGUAGAGUUAUGCCUGUUACACCUGGCAAUUUAAUCCUCCUGAGCCACAGACCAUUCUCAAAGUCCUCUGCAAACACAGGAAGAUCUGCUGAGAACCAACAGAUGACACUGCGGACGAAAUUUCUAAUAACUUGCCUCUUUGGAACUGCUGUGAUAGGGUUUUGGUUCUACGUUCACUUGGAAAAGAAGCAACAGGAGAAGGUGAGACGCCAGGAGCAGUUGAAGAAGUUGGCUCUUGGUCAAGGUAACUUCAACUUAUUAGAUCACACUGGAAGACCCAAAACCAAGAGUGAUUUUAUUGGCCGGUGGGUGCUGCUAUACUUUGGGUUCACACAUUGCCCUGACAUCUGUCCUGAUGAACUGGAGAAGAUGUCCAAUGCAGUACAAAUUUUGGACAUGGACAAAACAUUGCCACCAGUCCAACCUAUCUUCAUCACAGUGGAUCCAGAUCGAGAUGGAGUGGAAGAGAUGGCAAAAUACAUCAGAGAUUUUCACCCUCGUAUGAUUGGGCUAACUGGGACUCCAGAACAGAUUAAGGAGCUGGGGAAGGCAUAUCGGGUAUAUUAUAGUGCUGGUCCCAAGGAUGAAGAUAAUGAUUACAUUGUGGAUCACACCAUUAUCAUCUACCUUCUCAACCCUGAUGGGCUUUUCGUCGAUUACUACAAUAGGAGCAAAACUGAUCAGGAAAUUGCUGAGAGUAUCCGAGGCCACAUGAAAACCUAUGUUCAGUUGUUCAGUUGAAAAAAAAUACUGGGAAGUUAUUGGCAAAUAUUUACAUUAGCAACAAUUACUGGUGAGCAAGUUCACCUCGUUCCACAAGUGGACUAGGACCCCAGAGCCUUUUACUGCAAGCAACUUCCCAAUCUUUGUCUAACACUUUUCCAAACCUCACAAUCUGAUCAAAUGGCAAUAAUCAAACUAUUUUUUCAAAUGAGGUUAAGUUUCAGUGAAGUGAUUACAGAUUGUUUAUGUCAAUAAUAAUGAAUCUUAUAAGCUGAAUAUUGAUUUAAGAUUAACUGCAAGAUUUGUUUAGUAUUCAGGAACUUGACUGCCAAACUCUGUUGCUCACCUAUUAUUAAUUAGUGUCAGCAUCCACUUAGUAAUUUCCGUUAUAAUUGUCUGAAAUAACUUCACUUGUUGAGUCAAAAUGAUCAAUUAGUAAUUUAAAUGAUUGUGCAUGUCUCAAAAAGUUCAGAACUCGUCAAUACUUGUAUAUUUUGUUUGCAAAUUUAUUACUAUUUCUAUCUAGCUAAUGGAAUAUAGUCUGUAUAAUUAGACCCAAGAGUUAGGGCAAUAGAUUGGAUUCCUAUACAUAACAGACUUUAAGAACAGGGUGCUAAUCAGACAGACAGAAACUCAAUACUUGAAACUGAGCAUUCUAUAUCUUCUGAUCCUAUUACACUUCUUUCUAAAAAAUUGAUUUCAUUUUUUUACUAACAGAGCCACCCCACCCCCUCUGCCUACCUGCCUGUCAUUUCGAUACAAUGUGUAUCCUUGGAUUUUAAGUUCCCAGCUGUGAUCUUCUUUCAGCCAUGACUUACAGAUGCCCAAAUUUCAUACUUGCCAAUUUCCAACUGAGCUAUAAAAUCACCUACUUACAGUUGCAAGAAAAAGUUUGUGAACUAUUCAUUAAAUGUGGUCUGAUUUUACUCUAAGUCACCAUAAUAGACAGACACAAUCUGGCUAAACUAAUAAUACAUAAACAAUUACAACCAAGAGAAAAUCUGCAGAAACUGGAAAUCCAAGCAACACACACAAAA